CAGAGUUAGCAAAAAGUUCCACUGAAAUAACACGGGCUUGCAUCUAAGGGUCAGUACUAGGGGUGCGGGUUGCCGGGGCGCCCCAACACAGCCAUCUCCAGCCAUCUUCAAAUAUCCCCCCGCCCAUUCCUCCCAUCCUAAUCUCCUCCUCCCGACCGCACCCUAAGAGCGCUUCUCCCCCGCCUUUUUGCAGCGAAGCAGACGGCGAUCCGCCUCGCUAUAUAAAGCAGCGACGGCACAGGAAGCCUCUCCACAGCCUCCAAGAUGAAUUUCGGCUCGGAUUCUCACUACUUGGCCUCCUCCUACCGGAAGAUUUUUGGGGAGCCGCCGCGCUUCUCAUCCCGCCUCAGCAGCUCGACAUUGGGCAGCAGCUACCGGUCGCAAUCGGUGUCCCGCAGCAGCCAUGCAGUCUCGUACCGGCUGGCUCAGGCGGAGAGCUUGGAUCUGGGCCAGGCGGCGGCUCUCAACGAUGAGUUUCGGCUGACCCGCACCAACGAGAAGGAGCAGCUGCAGGGGCUCAACGACCGCUUCGCCGGCUACAUCGAGAAGGUGCGGCAGCUGGAGCAGCACAACCGCUUGCUCGAGGCCGAGGUGGGUGCGCUGCGGCAACGCCACGCCGAGCCCAACCGCCUGGCCGAGCUGUUCCAGGGGGAGCUUCGCGAGCUGCGAGCCCAGCUCGACGACACCGAAGCCGCCCGGGCGCAGAUGGCGCUGGAGAGGGAGCGACUGGCCGAGGAGGUGCAGCGCUUGAGGGCGCGCUGCGAGGAAGAGGCGAGGGGCCGGGCUGAGGCAGAGCAGUCGAUGCGUGUGCAGCAGCGGGAUGUGGAUGGCGCCACUUUGGCGCGCGUGGCGCUAGAGAAGAGGGUGGAGGCGCUGCUCGACGAGCUGGCCUUCGCGCGCAAAGUCCACGCGGAGGAGCUGGCAGAGAUGAGCGCCUCCCUGCAGGUGCCGACCUUGGCCGCACCCGAGCCCGACGCCACCAAAGCAGACCUGACGGCGGCGCUCAAGGAGCUGCGCGGGCAGUACGAAGCGCUGGCCGCCAAGAACCUGCAGGCCGCGGAGGAGUGGUACCGCGCCAAGUUCGCCAACCUCAGUGAGCAGGCCGCGCGCAGCAAUGAAGCUAUCCGCGUCAGCCGCGAGGAGAUAGGCGAGUACCGCCGCCAGCUCCAAGCGCGCACCCUGGAGGUGGAGAGCCUGCGCGGUGCCAAUGAAUCCUUGGAACGGCAGCUGCACGAGAUGGAGGAGCGGCACAACGCCGAGGCUGUGGGGCUGCAGGAAACCAUCAGUCAGCUAGAGAGUGAUCUGAGAGAGACAAAAAGUGAAAUGGCUCGGCAUCUGAGGGAAUAUCAAGAUCUGCUCAAUGUCAAAAUGGCCCUUGACAUAGAGAUAGCAGCAUACAGGAAGCUUCUGGAGGGUGAGGAAACACGUUUUAGCACCUCAAGCAUCAGCAUCUCAUCUCUGAACCCCCUUUCCAACCCAGGUUACUCCUUCCAACCCAGGCUCUUCAGUUCAUCUGUAGUCUCCAGCUCCAAAAUAUCACCCACUCUCUCUUUUAAGAAAGAGGAGAAAGAAGAGGCCAAGUUGGCCUCAAAAAUCUCAUCAAGCCAGGUAGGGGAAGCCUUUGCUGAAAUGAUUGAGGAAACCAUAACUUCCACUAAGAAAACUGAACGAACAAACCUGGAGGAGGGGAGCAUUACAAACCAAAAAAUGUAAUAUUUUGACCUUGGAGUACAGUUAGCCUUUAAGGGGGAACAAUAUAGCUUAGACCUUUAAAUUGCCUAUACCUAAAUUAAGGUGCUUAACCAGCUCAUGUACACAUAACAUACUAUUGUACAUUCUAAUGUUUCACAUCACUAGACUAGUUCAGUAGGAGCACCACUUUCAGCAUUGUCAGGAAGAAAUAAACAGAGGCCAUAUGUGUCAAAGCUCAACUUGAAAACUCUGUGGUAAAGCUAGUUGGCCAGUUACUUAGCUUACUUCAGAAAUUGUGAAAUUUGGCUGCCAAACAACUAAGAGAGGUAUUCCAAAGGGGCAGCUAUGAGUAAAGUAUAAAACCUGCAGAUAUGUAUGGCCUCUACUGAUAUCUCAGGGCCUCUGUACCUUUUAAAAUAAAAAAUUAUUAUCCUCAAACUUGCUAUCCAGUCUUGGCUGAAGAGUGAAUACAACUCCUCAGGGCUAAGAUACACAAUACCCAGCAAUUGCACAUAAUCAGUGAUGUUCAGGCUAAUUCUCAUUACCUGUCUCUCUGAAGGCAGGUAAUUAAUAUGUAACUGGAUGUUUUACUGAAUCUCUAGUCCUGCUGGACCACAGGGGUUGUUUUUUUUUUGUCUGCCUUGCUGUGUGUUUGGUGAACUUUACAAAAAAGCACAAUGCAUUUAGGAAUGCUUGGUGGAAGCUAUUGACUUUCAAGGUGCAGGCUUGCUUAGGAUGAGUUCUGUGCCCCACAAUAAGUAUGGAUAAACUUGCCAUACCAGGGCCCAAGAAGGCUUUGUGUUCUGAGAUUAGCACAUUGUGAAGAGGCAUUUACAAUCCUACAACUUUAUCAUCUUGUGGUUUCUCACAACUAUUAGGAACAAACUGAGGCUGGUGUAUUCUUCCUCUUUAAAAAAACAACCUACUUGGUCAAAUAAUUGAGGGUCUUGGGACCUGGUAGAUGCAUGUUCAGUCAUUGAUGUGAUUAUAGUGAGCCACUGUUCUGUCCAUUUCACCUUGUGCCAUAUUAGUAGCCAGCAAUGUAAAAGUUGUCAUUGUUUAGACUCAAUAGUGCCAUAUAAAAAAUUAAUUAAAAGGAAACACGUGCCGUAACUAGUUUAUAGACUUUUAGCCUUAGAUUUGUAUCAGAUAAGGUUAAAAGAAAAAGACCUGUUCUAUUGUGUUGUCUGGAAGCACAGAAUCCUAAUGUUGUUUCAAAAGUUGGGAUGUCUGCAGCCAUAAUCACAGCCUAAAACCAUUGAUACCCUGUCUUUUGAUUCACCAUUAGAAAAUGAGUAUAUAUUUAUGCCAAUUGCUUUUUUCUCUUAUGGAAAACAGUUGGGUUUCUAUGCAUGGAAUAUUGAGGCAAGAUUUGUUAAUAACACACAAUUAUGGGAUUUCCUUGUUAUAUUUUCUUAAAUAUACUCACUGCCACAUGAUAACCUCACAAGCAAAUCCUAGUGGCUCUUCUGACUUACCUCUGAUAGACUAGGAAGAGCAUAUUUGUUUGGCCUUGCUGGCCAGAAUGGAAAUGAAAUAGCUGCACCAAAAACAAAAACAAAAAAACACCACCCAACAAAAUCAUUGUUGUGUGGUAAAUAAAAAAUAAUUGGUGCUGCUGAAGUGGAUAAAUGGGAUUCUGACUUUUCCAAAGCACUGGCAAACACAACUCAUAUUUUGCAGCAAAUAGCACAGAGUUUAGUCACAGAGUGGAAAGACUUGCAUCCACUAUUUUCUCAAAAAGAAAGAUAACAUGAAAUCCCAUCUUCCAUCUGGAACUGCUAUACAAUACACACCGCCAGUCUACCAUUCAAAAAUGUGCCAAGUUUUAUAUAGAAUUUAUCAUAGAUUUUGUUUCAAUGCCUUAAAAUUGCCAGCAUUCACUUUCUGCAGAAGCUGAAGAUGGUGUGUUAUGUGAUGUGUUUUGCAUUGCUGCAACCUGUCACAACAAAGUUUGCUCACAUGAAACCAUCUUGUCCUAUCAGUUUCACCGCAAUGGUUCCUUGAACUAAAAAGAGAAACUGUUUGCUCACAGUCUUUCCUCCUAUUCUGUAAGGCACAAAUAAAUAAAAGAUUGCAUUACUUUUCGCAGA